AUGAAGGUGAAACGGUAGGUUUUCUAUUUUUUCUAAAAAAAAAAAAAGGAAACUUUUUUAAAACCGAAAAAAUAUUUCAGAAUCAAGCGAGCUAACAGAAUCUUAACAUUCUUCAAAUACAAUUAUAAAUUCAACGCGCCCUAUAAAGUUCUAAUGGACGGCACAUUUUGCAAUGCAGCUCUUCAAGAACAAAUCAAUUUAGCCGAGCAAAUUCCCAAAUAUCUAACAGAAGAGACUCAUUUAAUGACAACAAAUUGUGUGCUGGAAGAAUUGAAGAAAUUCGGACCACUGUUAUACGGAGCGCUGGUGAUUGCGAAGAAGUUUGAAAUCGCCGAGUGCAAUCAUAAGAAUCCGGUGAAAUCCGCUUCCGAUUGUUUGGCACAUUUGGCGAGAAGAGCUGCAAGUGGAAAACAGAAAUACUUUAUUGCCACACAAGAUGAUGAAUUGACUGAGAAAUUGAGAACUAUUGUUGGGACUCCUGUGAUGUACAUCAAGUUCAAAACAGUGCUUUUAGAUAAUGUGAGAAGCUCCGCUGGAAUUUUUGAUAUAAAAAAUCUUUUUCCAGAUCUCCGAAGCCACGAAAAACGGCGCCAAUAGCACUCAGAAGGAUAUCACCCAACUCAAAGAGCUCAAAAAACAACUUCUCGCUCCAAAAGAUCUCGACAAAAAGAAAAAGAAGAAGCGAAAAGGCGGUGCAAAUCCUCUCUCCUGCAAGAAAAAAGUGAUGAAAAUCUCGGAAGUUUCAAGAACUGGCGAGAGAACUGCGUCUGGAAAAAGAAAGCGAACGAAAAAGAAGGAAAAGGGCUCUGGAGAGGAGUUAGCCUAA